AUGGUUGAAGUUACCUCGCUCGUCAAACGACACGGUCAUUUGCAUAAGGUCAACAUUAAGUACGGAUAUGUCAUCAUAGGGCUAUCUGUUCUUUACAUAGCAUACAGAGAAGUUGCUUUAUUCUAUCAUAAGCGUGCAUGGGAAAAUUCCAGGCGAUCAACUUCGAAACUUGGGCUAGUGGAUAUUCCAGUCGCAUAUUAUGCAGUUAUUCUAUUCCUAGUAAGCAUCGUUGUGGAGUUCUUUAAUCUCAACACUGAACACUUCAAUGUUCAUAUCAAGCGAUUUGGCAGAAUAUCUUAUUCACUCACUCCACUUUCUAUAUUUCUUAGCUUGAGACCAUGCCCCUUUCACCUUGAUAACUACUUGGAUACUCUGAAGUUGCAUCUGUGGACAUCGCGAACGGUUGUUCUUUUUGCUUUAGCACACGGAGUCGGCUAUUUGAUCAAAUGGGGAACCUCUGAGUCGUACAAGAUAUUCCGGGCUCUCAACUUUUUAGGCUACGUUAUAUUUCUCUUUUGUGUAGUCCUAGCAGUGGUCAACUGGGGUCCAAUUAGACAUAGGCUCUACCGGUACUUCUAUGUUAUCCACAAUAUUACUGUUUACCUCUUUAUAUUUGGAAUCAUACUACAUGCAAGACCAGGGGUCUUCCCAAUUGCCGUUAUUGACAUUCUCAUGAUUGCCUAUCAGCAGGUUAUCAAGUUCAGAAGUAUUCGGACAAUAACCAUCGAUAAUGUUGUGGAACAUGAUGGGUCAGAUCUCAAGAUUGUUCAUGUUCCACGUAAGCUCCUUCCAGAUUUCAUUACCAGCGGUAGCCAUUGCCGAUUGGCGCCAGGCUUAAGAUCUUCGGUGUUCUGGCUGGGUCCUUCACAUCCAUAUACUAUCACUGGAGAAUGCGAUUCUUCGGGGAACUACAUGAGUCUUCUUUUGAAAGAGAGUAAAUUUAAGAUUAUACUCGGUGAAACAUACACAAUACAGCCGUAUUUCGAGUCUUCCCUACCGGAAAUGUUUUUCAGUACUGCCGAAAAUGUGAACAUCGUGUGUGGAGGGUCUGGAAUUUCGUUCGGUAUUCCAAUUUUCACAUAUUUCAAAAGAAAACUGGCAAUCGGGUCUACCGACUUGAAGUUAAAGCUUGUGUGGAUCACUCCUAAGGAUGAGGACUUGUAUAUUUUGAGGGAACUCGGUAUAACCGGUAUUGAAGUGUUUGUUACGAGAGGUUCCGGUGAUCAAGACCAGCAAGGUGCUUCAUUGGGUGAGGAUCCAACACUCGAAUCUGCAAGUGCUUCUAUUGCAAUGGCUCCAAACAGCAGCAGUGACUUAGAGCUACAAUCAUUGAAUGGCACAGAUGUCAGUAACACGGCCUCUGGAAGGAAUGGCAAAAAGCAGUCUGAAGAGAAUAAUGUGAAGUAUAUCGGCCGUCCGGACCUCGAGAGUAUUUUAAGACCGAACUUAGCCCAAACAAUAGACUACGCCAACAAAUGGAUAUUGGCAUGCGGGCCAAAGGAGCUUGUUUCAGACUGCGAGCAGAUCACGAAAAGCCAGAAGUGCCGGUUCUUCUCAGAAGAGUAUGCCAUGUGA